AGUUUGUCUCGCGGUUUGACUGCAGACUGAGCUGAGCUGUACGUGUUUUGUUUUUUUUUGUCGGCUGAGAAAGACAGUUCCCUUUUUAAAGGGAUAGGCGGUGAACACGCGAGGUCUAUUAAACUAUAUGUCUAUAUUUUUGCUACGGAAAAGGUUUUAUUGUUUUUACUGAAGGAAAAUGGCAAAGGUAGCAGUCCCAGGAAACUACAACGUAUUGUUAUUAGACAUUGAAGGAACCACAACUCCUAUUACAUUUGUAAAGGACGUUUUAUUUCCAUAUAUAAAGGAAAAUAUCCAAGAGUACCUUUCUGCACACUGGGAAGAAGACGAGUGCAAGGAAGAUGUACAUCUUCUAAAAAAACAGGCUGAUGAUGACUCCAAACACCACCGAUCGGGGCCAGUUCAUUCUUUCAAUCAGACAGUGCACACAGACGAGGAGAAAGCGAUCCAGGAGGUGGUGGACAAUGUCCUGUGGCAGAUGGCGGAGGACAGGAAGACCACAGCUUUAAAACAGCUUCAGGGUCACAUGUGGAGGGCAGCCUACACAAGUGGGAAAAUCAAAGGCGAAGUGUAUGAAGAUGUUGUCCCAGCUAUCAGAAAGUGGAGGCGGUUAGGAAUGAAGCUGUAUAUUUAUUCAUCAGGCAGUGUGGAAGCUCAGAAACUGCUCUUUGGUUACUCCACAGAAGGAAAUGUUUUAGAGUUAUUUGAUGGUCAUUUCGACACCAGCAUUGGAGCCAAAGUAGAAAGUAGUAGUUACCAGAGAAUUGCUGAAAGCAUUGGAUGUCCUGCUGAUAACAUCACAUUUCUGACUGAUGUAACUCGAGAGGCGAAAGCUGCUGAGAAGGCAGGAGUGAAAGUGGCUGUUGUGGUGAGGCCUGGAAAUGCAGAGCUCACAGAGGAAGAGAAAUCUCAUUAUAAACUGAUCACAUCCUUCAACGAACUCGUAUUGCCUGGCUCAGCAUAACACAACCGGGCAACACAAUCUAAAGAAGUGCCAGUCGGAGAUGGGGGAUGCAAUUUAAGAACAAGAAGCAGGCAUCAUUUCACAAUCACAUGAUCUUAAGUUUUCAAGGUGCUGCUUGGAUUAUUAUUAUUUAAUUUUUGUAACAAUUUAAAGAAAACCACAUCUUACUUUUUUAGUUAGUUGUACCAUAUCCAAACACCUGUAAAAUAUUGCGAUAUUCUAAUUUUGUAAAUUUUAUAUUGUUUUAUCAGCAUUAAACCCAAGUAGUGACUGUUAGCUCAGUAAAACCUGUUUCAUACUGCCAAA